AAAUCCCGCACUUCGUUGUUCUCUAGGGUUUUGCUUGGGAACUGUGAUUGUUGUUGUGUAAGCUAAUUUCGAGUCUGUUAUCAGGCUGAUUGAUUGGGAUUCCGUUUGGCCCAGCUAAUGGGCUGUUAAUGUGAACGCAGUGCCACAGUUAUGAAUCUGCCGGUCAACUCCACACUUGCCUCGCUCCGAUUGUGGCUUGGUUUCUGGCUCGUUGCCUGCAUUAUUCAAGUGGCCAAUGGCAGUCACAUACUUGGCGUAUUUGUGAAUCUGCAUCGCUCGCAGUUGCUCGUCCAUUUGGCGGUGGCUCGAACGCUGUUGCAACGCGGCCAUCAACUGACUCUGGUCACCACUUUGCCACUGGAGGAAGACUGGCUGGCGGCGGGGGCGAAUACAACGCAAGUGAAGCAUGUGCUGGUGCCUUGGCAGUUGCCAACGAACCACGAGCUGCAGCAACAGCAGCGGCAACACAAUGACAAUUUUAUCACACGCCUACAGUGGACACUGACGCGUCUGGAGCUGUCUGGGGAGCUGUUGCAGCAGCCAGCUUGGCUGGCGUUUAUGCAGCAUGUGCCUACGCCUCGUUACGAUCUGCUGCUGCUCGGCUAUCACUUCAAUGAACAUCUGCUGGGCGUUGCUGCACAUUUCGAUUGCCCUGUGGCCAUCAUAUCCACCCAGCAGCCCAUUGGAUUCAUCCACAGUCUGAUGGGCAAUGCCGAGGAGCGUUGGUACGUGCCCCAGCCCUACGAUAGUCAGCAACGAACUGGCUUUCCAGCACUUCUGUUUGGGCUGUGGGAGAAGUCAUCGGAGUACUUGGCCAGGCGGGUCAUGCAACGCAUUUAUAGCGCACACUUCGCAUCGCCGCGUUAUCCCAGCUUUGAAGAGAUGCGACGUCGAGUUGUCCUGGCGCUGAACAAUCAUCACAUGAUUAGCGAAGGUCCCAUUGGUCCCGUGUUGCCCAGCAUGCUGGACAUUGGCGGCAUUGUGAUGGAGCAACAGUCUCACGUUGAUGCUGCAUUCGACAAGGGAUUAGCACAACAGCAGCAGCAACAGCAACAGCAGCAGCUGCCAAAGCAACAGCAACAGCGACAGCGGCGACCAUUUAUUCUCUUCAGUUUGGGCACACGUUUCUCUUGGCGCUUGGCAUCGAAGCAUUUGGAGCAAAGCUUUGCGGCGGCUUUUGUCCAGCUGCCCGAGUAUGACAUUUACUGGACACACGAUGGCAACGAUGCGAGCGGCAUUAACUUGACACAUGCCCACAUUAAGCUGGCCAAAUGGUGGCCACAGUCGCAACUGCUCUCACAGCCCGAGGCUGAGCUCUUCAUCACGCAUGGCGGCAAGGGAAGUCUGAGUGAGGCGUUGUUUCAUGGUGUGCCCUUGUUGGGAUUGCCUUUGGUCGGUGAUCAGCGCGCUAAUCUGCGUAAAAUGCAGAACAAAGGCUGGGGACUAACGUUGGAUGUGCAAAGUGUUGACCAAGUGCAGCUGCUGAGUGCCAUAAGGCGAAUGCUGGGCGAUGCAACGUUUAAGCAAAAGAUCAAAAAGGAUGCGCUCCUCUAUCGAGAUCGUCCCCUAAAUGCCAGUUACCUGGCAGCCUAUUGGCUUGAGUAUGUCAUCAGGCACAAGAAAGCGAAGCAUUUAUAUAGUCCUGCUAGAGAACUUGACUUUUGGGAGUAUUACUUACUGGACAUUCGGCUUGUUCUCUAUCUCAUUGUGGCAUUGCUCACGUGGCUGUUGUGGCUUAUUAUCAGAAUGUAAACACUAUUGUGAUCGCUGACUAGCUAUAUCGUUUAAUCAUAAGUACAAAUAGUUUAUGUUUAUAGUUAUAGUUGAAACUUAUAUGCGUAACUUAAGUACAAAUUGAAUGUUAGUUAUUUCAAUACUUUUUCUGUUCGACAUUCGAAAAACGAUUCGAAGGCGUUCAAUUUCAGCCCUUUAAAGGUU